CUUCAACCAAUACAUCCUAGAGCCUAUUUGAUGCCGUUGUUAUGGAGAGAGGAAAGAGAAAACGAAAGAGGAAUGAAGAGAUCGAAUCAAGUAAUGCAGGCGAACAAAGGGCCAAUUGCUCAUCGACAGGGAAGAGUGGACAACAACAAAUUUCAACACAAGUUCGGCCUAAUAAAUACCGAUUUAUUUUGCCAAGAGGAUUGAUCCCAAAUCAAUUCUUACUGUUACCACAACAUGCACCGUCCAUUGUUAUGAAUUUUCCGGGAUAUCAUGACAUUGGGUCUAUGGACCACACAUGCCAAUUUUGCUACUCCAAAAUGUGGUAUGGAGAGAGACUUUCUCCAAAAGUCAACACCAACAGUCCUAAAUUUUCAAUGUGUUGUCAACAAGGACGGGUUCUUUUACCAUCGCUACAACAACCACCUGAUUUUCUUAUAGAACUAUUCAAAGGUAGCGAUAGAAGAAGCACAAAGUUCCUGAACAAUAUUAGGGCAUAUAAUAUGAUGUUUGCAUUUACUUCGUUGGGGGGCAAGGUACAAAAAGAACUCAAUAAUUCCGGAGGACCCUAUGUAUAUCGAAUGCAUGGUCAAAAUUAUCACUUGAUGGGAAGCUUGCUACCAGUUGAUUCGAGCAAACCUAAGUUCUCACAGCUCUAUAUUUAUGACACGGAGAAUGAGAUACCGAACAGACUUCGUGCAUUAGAGAAAUCAGAAUCAUCAAAUGAGCUCGAUCCAAAAAUAGUUCAUGGCUUGAAAGAUAUGAUGGACCAACAUAAUGAGUUGGCGAAGUGCUUUCGUUCUGCAAGGGAUAGAUUCCAAGAAGCACCACAAACAGAAUUCAAACUCAGGCUACUUUGUAACCGUGAAAGAGAUGGAAGAACAUAUAAUUUGCCCACUGCAUCUGAAGUGGCUGUUCUUAUAGUCGGAGAUUUGGAUAGUAUGUCUUCUCACCGUGAUAUUAUUUUGGAGCACAAAGAUCGCACUUUGCAACGCAUUAAUGAGCUCCAUCCUUCAUAUUUGGCCUUGCAAUAUCCCAUACUAUUUCCAUAUGGAGAAGAAGGGUAUAGAUUAGAGAUCAAGUAUAGACAAGUUGAAGGUAGAGAUGCUAUCAAACGGAAAGAUGUCACAAUGAGAGAAUUCUUUGCCUACAGGCUUCAACAAAGGGAUGUCGAAUUUAGUACAAUUCUAUCAUCACGAAGACUAUUUCAUCAAUUUAUUGUUGAUGCUUAUACGAUGAUAGAAAGUGAUCGCUUGAAGUAUGUCCGGCUAAAUCAAAAGAAGCUAAGAGCAGAUGUUUAUAAUGGGUUAACCGAUGCGGUUGUAAGAGGCGAAACAAACCCAAACACUCAAGGCAAAAGAAUUAUUUUACCAUCUUCUUUCACAGGAGGUGCAAGGUAUAUGAUACAAAAUUACCAAGAUGCCAUGGCGAUAGUCACACAAUUCGGAAACCCGGAUUUGUUCAUCACAUUUACGUGCAAUCCCAAAUGGCCAGAAAUAGAGAGAGAAGUAAAAAAGGCGGGAGUGAGACCAGAAGAUCGGCCCGAUUUGGUUACAAGGGUCUUUAAGAUAAAGCUAAACAAUUUGAUAGCCGAUUUGAAAGAUCAGAAUAUAUUCGGCCAUCCAAGAGCAUUGGUCUACACGAUAGAAUUUCAAAAAAGGGGAUUGCUGCAUGCCCAUAUUGUGUUGUUCUUACAACCAGAGUUCAAACUAAGGGAGUGUGAUGAUAUAGACAAAGUCAUAUCAGCCGAAUUGCCGGAUCCGAAUCUCGACUAUGAGCUCUUUAAUGCGGUGCAAAGCACAAUGAUCCAUGGACCAUGUGGAUAUCUAAACAAGAAAGCACUGUGCAUGGAAAACGGAAAGUGUGGCAAAUAUUAUCCAAGAACUUUUAACCAAUUCACAACAGUGCGUGAAGAUGGUUAUCCAAUCUAUAGAAGAAGGAAUACCGGUAUCACGGCCGAAAAAAAUAAAAUACCGAUUGAUAACAGAUAUGUUGUGCCAUAUAAUCCGUACUUGCUCAGAAAGUAUCGCGCCCACAUAAAUGUUGAGUGGUGCUAUAAGGCGAGAUCUAUAAAAUAUCUCUUCAAGUAUGUCAAUAAAGGUCACGACCGUGUUACCGCUGCAUUAUAUGAAAAAGAUACAGCGGAGAACAACAAUGUCGUACAUGAUGAGAUUAAAGCUUACUGCAAUUGCAGGUAUAUUAGCGCCGCAGAAGGUAUGUGGAGGAUAUUGAGCUUUGAUAUACAUUACAGAAUCCCGGCUGUUGAAAGACUGAGUUGUCAUCUCCCCAAUCAGCAAUAUGUGGUAUACAAUGAAGAUCAAGAAAUUGAGCAGGUGGUGCAGCAAUCCAAAGUACAAAAAACCACGCUCACUGCGUGGUUUGAAACUAAUAGAGUUGAUCCAGAUGGUAGAACACUUUCUUACGCAAAAUUUCCCAUGAAGUAUACAUGGAAAGAGAGUGCAAAAGUUUGGGUAAAAAGACAACAACGUUCAUGCAUUGGGAGAAUACAUAACAUACCUCCGGGAUCGGGCGAGUGUUGGUACUUAAGGAUACUACUCAAUAAAGCUAAAGGAUGUCAGUCUUUUGAAGAUGUUCGCACCGUGGAUGGUGUCGUAUACCCGACAUACAAAGAUGCCUGCCACGCACUAGGUAUUAUAGAUGACGAUCAAGAAUUUGUUGAAGCACUCGAAGAAGUGAACAAAUGGGGAACUGCAUCAUACUUAAGAACAUUAUUUGCUACUUUUCUGCUUAUAAAGAAUCUGCAUUCUCCAUUGCACGUGUGGACCAAUUGUUGGAAGCUUCUUGCAGAUGAUUUCUUGCAUGGUCCAGGAAAUCCAAAUAUAACGUACAUUGUCUCAGAGAGCGAGGCUCAAGACAAGGCACUUCAAAGGAUCGAAGAGAUUCUAAAGCGUAAUGGAAGAACAUUGGCUGACUUUGAAGGGAUGCCUGUCGUAGAACAUAUAGAUGAUGGACGAGUAGUUGACGCAUUGGUACGGGAAGAAAUGCAGUAUGAUAAAGAAGAAUUGUCUAGCCAGCUGAUGCAGUUACUUCCAUCAUUAACGACUGAACAAAAAGAAAUUUUUGAUUGUGUUAUUAAUGCAAUAUCUACAGAUCAAGGAGGUGUGUAUUUUGUUCAUGGAUUUGGUGGGUCUGGAAAAACAUUCUUAUGGAAUACAUUGGCAGCAUCUGUGAGGAGCAGAGGAGAAGUGUUGAUUAAUGUUGCUUCAAGCGGCAUUGCGUCAUUAUUACUUCCCGGUGGUAGAACCUCUCAUUCCAGGUUUUCGAUCCCAUUGAGUAUUGCUGAAAAUUCAACAUGUAAUAUCAAGCGCGGGAGUCCAAAAUCAAGAUUAUUAAUAGCCACAAAAUUAAUCAUUUGGGAUGAAGCGCCAAUGACUCACAAGUAUUGCUUUGAGGCUCUUGACAAGACACUCAGAGAUAUUUGCUCAUCUGUAAAUCCAAAGAAUGAAGAGUUGCCCUUUGGUGGAAAAAUUGUUGUUCUAGGAGGGGAUUUUCGACAGACGCUACCGGUAAUCCCUAAAGGCACGCGUGAAGAAAUUGUCAUGUCGGCAAUAAACUCAUCAUACUUAUGGGAUUAUGUUCAAGUCAAGCAUCUCACAAUAAACAUGAGGUUGAUGCAUCAAAGCAACAUGCUGGAUAGGGAAGAAGUUGAACGAUUUGCUAGGUGGAUAUUACAGAUUGGCGAGGGCACUAUCGGUAAGGAGUCUGACAGAGACAUUGAAGUUGAAAUACCGCCUGAUUUGUUGAUCCACUCGAAUGGGGAUAACUACAAAGCCAUUGUUGACAGUACUUAUCCAGACUUGCACAACAAUCUGUCAAAUUUUGACUACUUGGAAGAGAGGGCAAUCCUGGCACCAACUUUGGAAAUAGUAGAGGGCAUAAACAACUACAUCCUCUCAACGUUACCAGGAGAAGAGGUAAAAUAUUUCAGCUACGACAGCAUAUGUCCCACUGCGGCAAGUAGUUCUGGUGAUGAUGACAUAUAUCCACAAGAAUAUUUAAACAGCAUUUCAAUAUCUGGAUUGCCAAAUCAUGUGCUUAGCCUCAAAAUCGGUGUCCCUAUAAUGUUAUUGCGUAAUAUUGAUCAAUCUGCAGGUCUAUGCAAUGGAACACGAUGGGUGAUAACAAAAUUGGGGAAACGCAUCUUGGAAGCCAAAGUCCUCACCGGACCGAGCAGAGGGAAUAAAAUAUUGAUUCCAAGGAUGAAUCUAUGCCCAACAGAUACAACGUUGCACAUAAAACUUCAGAGGAAACAAUUCCCAAUUUUAGUAUGCUUUGCAAUGACCAUCAACAAAAGUCAGGGGCAAACACUAGCACAUGUUGGACUUUAUUUGGAAAAAAGUGUAUUCACGCAUGGGCAGCUAUAUGUGGCUGUUUCAAGAGUCAAGAGCAGAAAUGGGUUGAAAAUUUUGUUGGGUGGAGGAGAAGGAUGCAAUACAACAACAAAUGUUGUAUACAAAGAAGUUUUUCAAAAUGUUUGAUUUUCUUUUAUAGCACAUCGAUGUAUGAUACUUAUCACAAGAAUAUUUUCAUUUCACUAUACUUUUGUUACUUUGCACGUUAUGAACUUUUUUAAAUUACCGUGCUAAUAUUAAUGACAAUAAUAACAAUGAUAAUAAUAAUAAAUCUUCAGCCACCAA